AAGCCUCACAGACAGAGGAGACACAGAAAUCACUUUUGAAUCAGAGAAAAAUAUACAUCAAUCACCACAAAAAAUGUCUAAAGUAACUCUCUCAAUUCUAGUACUAGUGUUCUUACCGUCCUUCACUACAGGAGAAAAUUUGACCAAUGUCAACAGACAGAAAACUUGGUGCGUGGCAAAGCCUUCAUCAGACCAUGCAACAUUGGCAGCAAACAUUGAUUACUCGUGCUCUCAAGUGGACUGCAGGAUUCUGCAAAAGGGGUGUCCUUGUUUCUCUCCUGAUAAUCUUAUUAACCAUGCUUCAAUUGCUAUGAAUAUCUACUACCAAGCAAAUGGAAGAAACAAUUGGAAUUGCUAUUUCAGAAACUCUGGUCUUAUCGUCAUGACCGAUCCAAGUACGCUAAAUUUCUCCAUAAUCUUUGUUAUUCUAAUUGCAUCUAUGAGUAAUGCUGAUUACAACAAGAAGACUGCAUGAGGCAUAUAUAUAUGUGUGUGUUUCGGUAUCUUCAAUUUUGUAUUGUGACCCUCAGUUUUCACUGAAAUUAUCCUCUCUGAUAAAAAUAAGAAAAAAUAAAUUAUUGUGAUUAUUCUUGA